AUGGUCGUUUCUGCAGUGGCCCAGGAGGCUGUUAACCAAGUCUUACCAAGAAUCAAGGAGGGUUAUCAGGAGAAGUCAGAUGCAAAGGAGAACAUUGAGAGGAUGGAGAUGGCACACAUCAAGAUGGAGGCCGCCCUUGAGACCUCCAACAAGUGGAACGUCACCAGCGUGCCACUGCUGCGUUGGCAGAGCAAGCUCAAGCGCGCCUCACAGGAGUGCGACAACACUCUGCGCAGGUGUAGGCAGCGCUUGCAAGAAGAGGAAGAAGUACAGCAAGCGGUAAGGAGCUCCUCCUUUCCAAAGAGGAUUGCUCAUACUGCCAUGUCAUUUGUUUCAUUAAUCUUUAGUCACAGUAACGAUGAUGGGCUGAAAGGAUCCACUGUAGCCCGGCGAUUCGAACGGUUUGCACAUGGUGCGAGCGAAUUCUUGAGAUAUGUGGAGCUUGGUGGAACACCACGCGGAUGCAUGUUUUCUAACCCUCUUAUACGCCAUCUUAUCGCUGGGAGAGGAACAAAGUUUUGCUUUGUUAGCAAUGGUCAACAUCUCUCAUUUCUUCUACAACCCUGUAGUCCACUACAAGAGCAUGGGAUGGAGGUUGGCCUAAUAUUCUUAGUUGAAGAUACCAGUACACCAGACAAUAAUUUCCUUCUUGCCCUCAACUUACGGCACUCAGAGAGUACAGACAUAGUCCGGAUUGCAGUCGGAUGCCUAGACCUGUUCAUACCUUAUUACUUAGGCUCAACAGUAGAGACUGUGAAGACAAAGCUCACUCAGAGAGCAGUCGCUGAUGGUGGAAGCAAAACAAGCCCCAUGAGUGAAUUUCCUUAUCUGAAACUUGGAGUGCAUUUCUAUCCCCAUGCCGCUUAUGAAGAUUUGUCACCUGGAGUGGAGGGUUCGGCAACAGAAAUGAUCGAUGGGGCGGCCGUGAAACAUGGCUUUUAUGCAAAAAUUUGCUUUGAACAGUUGGGCGACUUUAUGAUACCAAAGGCAGUAGAUUGCCUUUACGGUAGUGUGGCAGCUGCCUCAUAUCAGAUGCUUUGGAAGUCCAAGCAUGGCGGUGCAUACCUUCAAGUCGAGAAAAUCUCAUGGGGACUAACCACUGGCAGAGGCAUGGGUAGAAAACGUCCUAAACGACGUCUGGGCAAGAAGGUACAGGGAUGGGCAGGUGCGAACAAAGAUUUCUUGAGGUCGUGGGUUGUGCACGCGCCUGCCCACUUGCAGGGCAUAUUCAUGGAUCGGGUUCAGAAAGAAAAGCAAUUGCAACUACCAUUAUUAUUUAACAAUAAUCCCUGCAUUGAUGGUUGUCCAAUCAUGCUGAUUUCUUCGCAAUAUAACAGAUUCUUAGCAAGGAACAUCAAAUCGUGCAGCAUGUUCAAUGCCUAA